AUGCCGGACUGGGGAGGAGGCAUGGUGGCUUCGCUGAAUCUCGAAACGCCAGACGGACCCAUGAGAAUUCACAACGUCUAUAAUAAGACACAGGCCGGUACCACAGCCUUCUUUCAAGAGCUGACCAUGCACUGCUGCGGCGAUAAUGACAUCUUGAUUGGAGACUUCAAUCUCCAUCACGAGCUGUGGUCAGGUCCUUCGAUUAAGCCAGAAAAGGUCAGUCUCGCUGCCAAGAAACUCGCCGACAAAACCCAAGAAGCGGGCAUGAUGAUGUGCGUCAAGCCUGGGACCGCGACAUAUACCAAGUCCAAAGACAACCCGUAUGAAUCAACUUUGGACCUCGUCUUUGUUGGCAAAGCAUGGUGUAGCCCAGAGCCAGUCUGGUCUGUUCUGCAAGUCACCGGCUUCGACGAAAGCGAUCAUCGCGUUUGUGAAACUUUGAUUGAUGCCACGCCGAGGGUCGACGUCAACAUCUUUAGGCUUUGGAACCAAACAGACACGAAGAAGUACCGGGCUGACGCCAAAAGAUUGACGGAACGGGUGCGCCUCAUGCCGUUGAAAAAACGAAGCGAAAUCGACGAUUCACUUGCGGCAUUCACCUCUGGCUUGGAGGACGUGAUCCAACAAUGCGUACCGAGUCGCGAUAGCUACCAGCAUGAACCCCCAAAACCAACGCCUCAUCCAAAUGCCACCGCAACACCCAGGCUGUGGGGAAUUUGGCAAACGGCGAGGUGGCCGAAAGACCGGUCCAAACCUGUCGUACAGUCUUUCACCCCGGACUUUGAGUGCGAGGGCGAGAAAGCAUCCACCCCCGAGGCAAAGGCCGACAUGUAUGGUAAAGCCAUCUACGGCCCAGGCAAGCUCGACAGAUCGACAGCAGUCGAUCCCCUUCCAGUGGAGACGUACGAAGCACCACAUACAUCCCUUGACGAAGCAGACUUCCACUUCUGCGAGGAAGGCGAGGUUGGGCGUCUCAUUAGCAUCCUGCCGAAACGCAAGUCCUCGGGAAGCGAUGAUAUCGCAAACGAAGCGCUGAAGAUGGCAAAAGACAUCAUCACUCCGUAUUUAGAAGCGUUAUUCAAAGCGUGCGGCCAGCUAGGAUACUUCCCAAAGUACCUUAAAAAGUCAAAGUCCAUCCUCUUUUUCAAGGAAGGGAAAGAGGCAAACGAUCCCAAGGCCUAUCGCCCCAUCUCGUUACUGUCAAGCAUUGGAAAGCUGUUUGAAAAGAUGAUUGCAAACAGAUUGAUCAAGAUACACAAAAUGUAUUGUUCUGAUGAUCCAAGAAAUCCGUUGCCUUUGAUGCAAUUUGGCGGUCUACCUGGCAGGUCUACAACUUUGGCUUUGCAAGCCAUCGCAUGUUUUGUUCAAAAUGCAUGGAGAUGGGAAGAACCCAAUCGUAGACAAAGACGAUUGAUGAGACGCUUCGCCAGCAUUUUGGGACUCGAUAUCUCGGGUGCAUAUCCACGCGUGGACCGCGACGCACUCAUCAAAGCCCUGGUGUCCAAGGGCAUCCCUUUAUACAUUGUCAGAUGCAUUCAUUCUUUUCUGUGUGACCGCAAAACCACUCUCCUCAUCCCCGGCCACGGGCCUCAAGAAUUCUAUGAGAAUGGGGGCCUUCCACAAGGAAGUUGCCUGUCGCCCAUUCUGUUCCUCAUCUUUGCCGCACCUCUCCUCGAACCUCUCGGACCCCUCGAAGGAUUCGAGGGGUUUGACGUCCAGUUUAUUGCUUUUGUGGAUGAUACCUAUAUUCUGGUUGCUUCAAAAAGUUAUAGGGAAAACUGUCGAAUUCUGGAAAUCGCACAUCAGAGGCUGAUUGAUUGGGCUGAAGCGCACUCUGUCAAGUUCGGUCCCGAAAAAUACAACUUUAUGAACUUUGUAUAUCCUGAGGGGGGGAGAACCAACCAGGCACAAGUCAGGGAAAGGCCGAACAUCGAAGGUCUUCCCCCGGAUGCAAAACUCUUCGAGAAGGAGUGGCUCAAGAUCCUCGGCGUGAAGGUCGAUCACACACUCUCAUGGAAGCCACAAGUGGAGAGCGUCCUAGAGAAGGCGGAAAAGGCGAGGCAGCGUUUGCAGUGGACGUCUUCGUCGGUACGGGGGCAUAAUCUUGGUAAUAUGCGUCGGAUGUAUGUUGCCAUGGUGCAAAGCAUCCUCGCCUACGCUACUCCGGCCUGGGGUUUCAGACCACGGAUUGAGAAGGAUUAUCCCCACAUGCACAUUAGCGCCACCCUUCUCCAUGAUCUGGAUAAGUGGCAGCAGCGGUGCCUGCGGUUCAUAGCGGGCGCCUUCAGAACCUCGCCACACAUGGUCAUAUACAAGGAGCUCUUUUUGCACAAGCUGUCGGACAUGAUUUACUACAAGGCCCUUGAGCAUUAUGCAUUAAAUGCCACAUCGGUACACAUGGCCAUGUUCCACGGAGACCCGCAAGGUGUCGAGAAAGGGGCGCUUUGGGCAAUUGCCAAGGAAGCCCAGCCGCUGUUGGACGCUGCCAGGGAGCGAUUCGAGAAAAAGCACGAUCCAAAAAAGAAACCCGGGGCGUGGGAAGACGGUAAAUACGAAAAAGAUCGCACGCAGGCUAUUAAAAACGAGGCCAAAAAACAGCUCCACCAUUGUUCAGCCACCGCCUGGAAAGCCUACCAAGCCAAAUAUAAAUCCGACUUUAGUCUGCACAACUUUGCUCUGAAGGGAGACUGGAGCGCCAAGCACUUGGAACGCUAUAAAAAGCUCAAUCGCAAGCAGUGCUCCAUCUUGCUCCAUUGCCGCACAGGCUUCAUCGGCCUUUCAAAGUAUGUCAGCAUGGUCAAUCACAACAUCCUGCCCAGAUGUCGCCUUGGUUGUAACGCCGACGAGACCGUCAAACACUAUUUUGAACGAUGCACACAUCAGACCAUGGUUGAGGCCCGGGACCAGCUACAGUCGGAGACUGGGGAGAGCGAUACGGGCCGGCUGUUGGAAAACCAUCCUCUCCAGGCGGCUAAUUUUGCGCUCAAGUACUUCAACAUAGAGCAGUUUUCGGGAAAGAAACCGCCCCCUACCAGCCAACCCUCCAAACAGGGGGGCGGUGCCUCCGUAAAGCGUGGCCGUUGA